AUGAUCAGAGCUAAUCCUCCGCCAAUGAACAGAAAUCCUCAGAUGAGGAAUGACAGACUUCCUCUACCACCUCCUGCACCAGUUCACAGAAAUCAGAAUCAGAUUCAGAACGCCCAUGUUCAGCGUGAUGCUCAUCCACGCGACCAAGACAGCAGAACCAGAACCGCCGCACCAGCAAAACCGACAGGCCCUGCUAACGCUCGAGUUUUCGCUCUGAACCUGAGGAAGCUCGUCAGAACCCACGGAUUGGAGGCAUUACUUAUACGGAACCAAGUGUACUAUCUUUACCGAUCACAAAAGCUUGCAGCAUGUAUUCAACCAGAAAGAGUUGAACAUGAGACAGAGGCGUGGGUGGAAUUGCUGAAUGAUUAUGACUGUGAAAUCAAGUACCAUCCCGGGAAGGCGAAUGUAGUAGCCGACGCGCUAAGCAGAAAAGAACGAGUCAAAAUCCUAUCCAUUAAGGAGGCAGAUCGUACAGACUUGAGACAACUUGAAUUCGAAGUUGAUGAUAAUGGAGUCAGAAAGUUCAAGAGCCGAGUUUGGAUCCCUGCAGCUAAUGGUGUUCGAGAGAUCAUCAUGCAGGAAGCUCACCGUUCUAAAUACUCGAUUCAUCCAGGCGCGAACAAAAUGUACAAGAACUUGAAGCUAGACUAUUGGUGGCCUGGGAUGAAGAGAGAGAUCUUUGAACAGACUGACGAAAUCAGCCGUUUUCUUCCUAUUCGAGAUGACUACUCACUGGAGAGACUUGCUGAGAUCUAUAUAGACGAUAUCGUAACUAAGUACGGUGUUCCUUUAUCUAUUGUAUCUGACCGUGAUCCGCGCUUCACGUCCGACUUUUGGCAAUCACUUCAAGAAGCGUUAGGUACUAGACUUAAUCUGAGCACCGCUUAUCACCCACAGUCAGACGGGCAAAGCGAACGCACUAUUCAGACUCUGGAAGACAUGCUCCGUUCUUGUGCAUUAGAGUUUAAAGGAUGUGCACCGUUCGAGGCUUUAUAUGGUCGUAAAUGCCGGUCACCACUGUGUUGGCUAGACGCCGGUGAAAGGAGCUGGAUGAGGCUUCCAGUUGUGCAGACCACCAUAGACAAGAUAGUUGUUAUCAAGGAAAAGCUUAAGGCAGCUCAAGACAGACAAAAAUCCUAUACAGACAGACGUCGUAAACCUCUUGAGUUCAAGUGCAUGGCUGACGACCCGACCAUCAUUCCUGUUAAGGAUGUUCACAUAGACGAAGGGCUCGAGUUCACCGAAGAGCCUAUCGAAAUCGUAGACAAAGAUGCUAAGCAGACAAGACAAAGCCGCGUACCCCUAUUUCGUGUACGUUGA